AUGUUGCGCUCAGAUUCAACUCUCCGGACCACGAAGCUUUCCGCCCUCGUGCCCGCGCUUGGUGCUCGCCCCAUUUUUAUGCGCUGCAGACUGAAAUCGAUUGAAAAGGCGUCAUCCCUCAAGAGAUUUUCCCGCGAAGUUAGGCAAGGAAUGGGUGGAAGGUACGGAACUAGCUCUCCCGUGGUUGCAGCUCGAGCUGGUGAACAGAGUGUAGUAACUGAUGAAGCAAUCCAGCUGGUAGAAGAGAAAAUGCUGAAAGUUUUACCUGGUCAAGCUCAUCCUCUAGGAGCCUCGGAGGUUGAGAGUGGAACCAAUUUCGCAAUUUUCUCUCAAAAUGCUACUGCUGUUACACUUUGUUUAGUUCUUCAAUCUAGGGGAUUACACGAUGUACUUGAUCAAGGGUUGAUUGAAUUACCACUGGACCCAAAAGUAAAUAAGACAGGAGAUAUAUGGCACAUCUGCGUGCAGGAUUUGCCACGGAAUAAUGUUUUAUAUGGUUAUCGCAUUGACGGCCCUCCAGACUGGCAUCAAGGCCAUCGUUUUGAUUAUGAGAAUAUUUUGCUCGAUCCAUAUGCAAAGUUGAUCGAAGGACGCCGAGUAUUCGGUGAUGCCAACUACAAGAUGUCUAAGUUUUUCGGAACAUAUGAUUUUGAUUGCUCACCUUUUGACUGGGGACCCAACUAUAAGCUUCCAAACAUACACGAGAAGGAUCUUGUAAUAUAUGAAAUGAAUGUGCGCGCCUUCACAGCUGAUGAAUCCAGUGGGCUGGAUCCAAAUAUACGUGGCAGCUACCUUGGUGUGAUAGAGAAGAUACCACAUCUUGUGGAGCUUGGUGUCAAUGCAGUUGAACUAUUGCCUGUGUUUGAGUUUGAUGAAAUGGAGUUUCAAAGGCAGCCAAAUCCAAGAGAUCACAUGAUCAAUACGUGGGGUUAUUCAACUAUAAAUUUCUUUGCACCUAUGAGUCGAUAUGCAAGCAAUGGUGGAGGAUCAAGUAAUGCUUCGCGGGAAUUCAAAUCGAUGGUUAAGGCAUUGCAUGGUGCAGGAAUUGAGGUCAUUUUAGAUGUUGUUUACAACCACACAAAUGAGACCGAUGAUAAAAAUCCAUAUACUACUUCAUUUCGUGGCAUAGACCACAAGGUUUAUUACAUGUUAGACUUAAAUGGUCAGUUGCUGAACUACUCUGGUUGUGGGAAUACGUUGAAUUGUAACCAUCCUGUUGUCAUGGAACUUAUACUCAACAGCUUGAGGCACUGGGUCACGGAGUAUCAUGUUGAUGGGUUUCGUUUUGAUCUCGCUAGUGUGCUUUGCCGAGGAACCGAUGGUUCUCCACUCAAUUCUCCUCCAUUAGUCAAGGCAAUUGCUAAAGAUAACAUCCUGUCAAGAUGUAAGAUCAUUGCAGAACCAUGGGAUUGUGGAGGCUUAUAUCUUGUAGGAAAAUUUCCCAACUGGGAUCGGUGGGCUGAAUGGAAUGGGAUUUACCGCGAUGAUGUUAGAAGAUUUAUAAAGGGUGAAAAUGGCAUGAAAGGAAGUUUUGCUACUAGAGUUGCUGGUUCUGCUGAUCUGUACAGAGUAAACAAGCGAAAGCCAUGGCAUGGUGUCAAUUUUGUAAUUGCACAUGAUGGAUUUACUCUAUAUGACCUUGUGUCUUACAAUUUUAAGCACAAUGAUGCUAAUGGUGAAGGUGGAAAUGAUGGAAGCAAUGACAAUUUUAGCUGGAACUGUGGCUUCGAAGGGGAAACAGAAGACACAUUUAUCAAGAAACUACGCAUGCGGCAAAUGAAGAAUUUCCACGUGGCGCUGAUGAUAUCCCAGGGAACUCCAAUGAUGCUAAUGGGGGAUGAAUAUGGCCAUACCCGAUAUGGAAAUAAUAACAGCUAUGGGCAUGAUAAUACGCUCAAUCAUUUCCAGUGGGGACAACUAAAAGACAUGAAGAAAGAUCUGUUUAGGUUCUUCUCAGAGAUGAUUAAAUUUAGACGUGGUCAUCAUGUCUUUACAAGAGAAGAUUUUAUUGGCAAGAAAGAGGUGACAUGGCACGAGGACAACUGGGAAAACUGCGAGAGUAAAUUCCUCGCAUUUACGCUUCAUGAAGAGAAUGGAGAUGAUCUAUACGUGGCAUUCAACGCACAUGACUACUUCGUGAAAACUGUUAUACCUUCACCACCACAAAGAAAACGGUGGUUCCGAGUGGUAGACACCAAUCUGGAGUCUCCCAAUGACUUUGUUGUAGAAGGUGUUCCAGGCGUGGGGAAUAUUUACAAUAUUGCCCCUUACUCUUCCAUUAUUCUUGAAGCCAAACCGAAUGUCUAA